AUGCCCCCCGCCAUGUGGGAGGUGCGCUCCCCCUCCUUCUGGAGGGCCGUCUUCGCCGAGUUCUUCGCCACCAUGAUCUACGUCUUCUUCGGGCUGGGGGCCUCGCUGCGCUGGGGGGUCGGGCCCCUCAACGUGCUGCAGGUGGCCCUGGCCUUCGGGCUGGCCGCGGCCACCCUGGUGCAGGUGCUGGGCCACGUCAGUGGGGCCCACGUCAACCCGGCCGUCACCUUCGCCUUCCUGGUGGGCGCCCAGCUCUCCCUGCUCCGCGCCGUCUUCUACAUGGUGGCCCAGGUGCUGGGCGGGGUGGCCGGGGCGGCCGUGCUCUACGGGCUCACGCCGGCCGCCAUCCGCGGCAACCUGGCACUCAACACGAUCCACCCCGGCGUGACCCUGGCCCAGGCCACCACCGUGGAGAUCUUCCUGACGCUGCAGUUCGUCCUCUGCUUCUUCGCCACGUACGACGACCGGCACAACGGGCGCGUGGGCUCGGUGGCGUUGGCCAUCGGCUUCUCCCUCGCCCUGGGACACCUCUUCGGGAUGUACUACACGGGAGCCGGCAUGAACCCUGCGCGGUCCUUCGCCCCCGCCGUCAUCACCCGCAACUUCUCCAACCACUGGGUGUACUGGGUCGGGCCCAUCCUAGGGGCCACGCUAGCCGGCCUCCUCUACGACUUUGUCCUCUGCCCCCGCAUGCGGGGCCUGGCCGAGCGGCUGGCCAUCCUGAAAGGCGAGCAGGUGGCAGAAGGCCAGGCCCCCCCGGAGCCUCCCGGGGAGCCCAUGGAGCUGAAAACGCAGGCGCUAUAA